AGCCCGUGGUGACCUGGCAGAAAUGAAUAACGGGGGCAGUCUCCGGUAGAAAAGUGCCUUUCUGGUAUUUUAGGUGUUUUUUAUGCGGGCAGUGCUCGCCAGCCGUUUCCUCGGUGGCUGCAUGAAAGAGCAAUUGUAUGGGAGACGCCGAUGCCUGCGUGGCCAAACCCGUGUCGAUAGAGCUUAUUAGCCGGUGUUUUUAAUGUAGCUCGUUCGUGGCCGGUUUGUUGUCAUUAUGUCACAGCCUGGUAACAUUAACUUCGGCUCGGCAGCCACAACGAGAGCAACAGAGGCAGUUCUCCUGCUGUCUCCCUGCUGGUGACUGCCUGUUUGCUUAGACUGCAGCUCCAGGGAAAAGGCAGAAAAGCUCCCGUCCUUCAGACAAGUUGGUCUUACAGUGCAGGCAGGCAGGAAGGUGACUGAGCUGCAGGGGCCAUGCAUCAAGGGUGAGGGGUGUUCGCUGUGGGGGAGACGCACAACUACAGGCAAGGAGGAGGUCAGGGCCAGUCAGUGUGGAAAUGAAGCUCAAACAGCGCAUGGUGGUGCUGUGUGCCGUGCUCCUCCUGCUGGGCCUGGCCAAGAUCUUCCUGCUGGAUGGAGGUGAAGGAACUGCAGCUAGCCGGCGGGACCUCAGAGCGUUUCGCAAGAUGGAAGCUGGUCUUUCACUGUCUCGGGGCGCUCGCCUUACCAACACCCUCCAGUCUUCAUGGGAGAUAGCAAGCCAAUGGGUGGGCCCCAGAGAGGUGUACCCCGAAGAGACUCCAGAGCUGGCUGCUGUGCUUACUUCCCUGAGCUCUGCCAGGAUAGAGCGGGCAGAUGUGGGCUAUAAGGGCACACAGCUCAAAGCCUUGCUGGUGCUAGACGGAGGACAAAAAGUGGUCUUCAAACCCAAGAGGUACAACAGAGACUAUGUGGUCGAAGGAGAGCCAUACGCAGGCUAUGACAGACACAAUGCGGAGGUAGCUGCUUUUCACCUGGACAGGAUCCUUGGUUUCAGGAGAGCACCUUUGGUGGUUGGCCGAUACGUCAAUCUGCGAACUGAGAUCAAACCUGUGGCCACAGACCAACUUCUCAGCACUUUUCUCAUGCAGGGCAAUAAUACAUGUUUCUAUGGGAAGUGUUACUACUGUCGGGAGAGUGAGCCAGCAUGUGCAGAGGGGGAAAUCAUGGAGGGGUCAUUAACCCUUUGGCUGCCAGAUGUCUGGCCACUGCAGAAACACAGACACCCUUGGGGACGCACAUACAGAGAGGGGAAACUGGCAAGGUGGGAGUAUGACGAGAGCUACUGUGAGGCAGUGAAGAAGAUGCCCCCAUAUGAUGCAGGGCCAAGGCUGCUAGAUGUUAUUGACACGGCGAUUUUUGAUUACCUUAUUGGAAAUGCUGAUCGUCAUCACUACGAAAGUUUCCAGGACGAUGGAGGUGCCAGCAUGCUUAUCCUUCUUGACAACGCCAAGAGCUUCGGGAACCCAGCUCUGGACGAGCGAAGCAUUCUUGCACCACUCUACCAGUGCUGCAUGGUUCGUGUGUCCACGUGGAAUAGAUUAAACCUGCUGCGAAGUGGAGCUCUGAGCUCAGCCAUGCGACAGGCUCUGGCAUUUGAUCCCAUUCACCCAGUCCUAGCUGAACCACACCUUGCAGCCCUGGAUAGGCGUCUAUCUGGAGUUAUAGAAACCAUAAAGCAGUGCAUGGAGGCACAGGGCCCUGAUAACACCCUAAUAGAGGACCGAAUGAACCUACCACAUCCUUAAAAGGAAGGAAAGGAGAAAGGGAGGGGAAAAAAGCCAAGACUUUCCAGCCUGGACCUGGAGGGAGACGAGUGACCAAACAGAUCAGCUCUGGUGUUUAAAGAAGGGACAGCAAAAUGACAGGGUGGAAUAAAUGUUUCUCCCCCCGUUUCCCUUCUUUGUAAUGCUGAACACUUGCACUCGAGUGAUUCUCUAAAAGGUGCAAAAUCAUGGGAUUCAAAGAGUUGAAACUGCGUCACCGUUAACCAUUUAAACUUUCUCUCAGGACUGUUGUGCACUACAGGAUGUGAUCUGCUGUAAGGACCGCUUCUUCUAUUACUACUGGUUUAGAUGACACUCAUGCCUUGUGCCAAAUCCUCUCUCCUGGUCACGCUUCUCCUUGACAGUCGGCUAAGAAGAAAGGAUGGAGAUGAACAUAUUCGAGAAAGGAGGAGGGAAUGUUAAAUUGAGCCUGUUGUGAGUUGUUGUUGGUUCAAGCAGCUUGGAGUUUACAGUCCAGGAAACUGAAAAUGUUUUUCUGUAGAAAUGACAGGAAAUUUAAAAAAAAUAUUUUUUUGAGCUGAUUUGUUUUUCUCCCUUUCCUCGAAUUGAAAAAUAACUCGAAGAAAUAGAGAACUGACUCAAUUCUGUGUACAUAACUAAAGUAACUAGUGAUGUAGAAUUAUGAGACAAAAGAAUAUAAAUUUGUGGAUUAUAAAUUAAAUGAUGUUAAAGCUGUGUGUUUGUGUCCGGGGGUACGCGUGUGUGUAGAUGAAUAACUGCCACAUUGUGUCACAAAUAAGAAAGCUACUGACUUGCCCGACUCGAAGGAUCAUGAUGCAGAGGUCAGGUGUGUGUGUGUGUGUGUUCGUUCAUCUUUAACAAUAAACUAUUGUCUAUUUAAUUCCGA